AUGGGGGCUCGGAAAAAGAACGAGAAUCGGUGUCGUGGUGGUGCGGAGAGAUGGCUUAUCCGGGGGCUGCUGCUCUGGGGCAUCCAAUUCCUCAAAUUUGUUUUGCUGCCGAUCUCACAUCGAGAGCAGCUCCUUCUUGUUCAGGGUCAUCAGAUGACAGAUCUUCCAGAGAUUCUGAGAAAUCGAUCAAGCGGGAGGCUACCCUCGACUCACCUCUUAAUCUAUAAAAAAACCCUCCCCAGAGGAGAGUAGAAGCUCCAGAAUGAGUAUGCUGAUUCCCGGAUUCAUUCUCAUCCUGAUCCACCAUGAAAUUUGAGGAAUCUACUAAAACAUUAUAGGAGAGGGCUUGUAAUGAUCUUCUCAAAGAUCACAAGGUGCUGA